GCGGCACUGGAGAUGGAGGGAAAACAAUACAAAAAUAUACAAAUUAAAAACAUUUAAAUCACGCGCGUCUGGAUCGCGUAACGCAGACAUAGUAAAUCACGAACAGCAUAGCCACGCUAUCUACUUCCAGGUCCUGCGGCACCACACACACAAAACAGAACGAAUCCGUUAAAUCGCAAAGAGAGCUGCGGUGGUGCUAUCGCCACCGGCCGGUGCAAAGAUGCUCGCCCUCACAGCCAGCGCCGCACCAGGGGCAUUCAAAUGCGGAAAAUUUACGCGGUUCAAAGUUAUGGCGGAGAAGUUUCCUUCGUUUCUACCAAGAGAAGUUGAAAACAUUAAAGACCCCUUCGCUCGUAAGCUGGCGACAAGAAUCGAGAGACUUACCGUUCAAGUAAGCUUUUCAGAGAGUAGUAUCUUGAGUAGUCUUGUGAAGCCACUGGUACAAAGCACAACAAACCCAGUGGUUCUCCUUCAUGGCUUUGACAGUUCUUGUUUAGAAUGGAGAUAUACCUUCCCAUUACUCGAGGAGGCUGGUUUGGAGACUUGGGCUGUUGAUAUUCUUGGGUGGGGUUUCUCUGAUUUAGGAAGACUUCCAUCAUGUGAUGUGACCUCCAAGCGCGAGCAUUUCUAUCAGCUUUGGGAGUCUUACAUCAGAAGGCCCAUGAUACUGGUCGGUCCAAGUCUUGGUGCUGCUGUUGCAAUUGACUUUGCUGUCAACCAUCCAGAAGCUGUGGAAAAUUUGGUUUUGAUUGAUGCAAGUGUAUAUGCUGAAGGAACUGGAAACCUUGCAAAGUUACCAAGAGCAGUAGCCUAUGCUGGGGUACUUUUGUUGAAGAGCAUUCCUCUACGCUUGUAUGUGAACUUUUUGGCUUUCAAUGGUAUAUCAUUCGAUACCAACAAAGAUUGGACAAAUGUGGGCCGUUUGCAUUGUCUAUAUCCUUGGUGGGAAGAUGCCACUGUAAAUUUUAUGAUUAGUGGUGGUUAUAGUGUCCGUACUCAGAUAGACCAGGUGAAGCAGAAGACACUUAUCAUAUGGGGUGAGGAGGACCAGAUCAUUAGCAACAAGCUUGGAGUUAGAUUGCACUGUGAAUUGCCGAAUGCAAUUAUAAGCCAAAUACCAGACUGCGGUCACCUUCCUCAUGUGGAAAAGCCAAGUUCCGUUGCAAAGUUGAUACUGGAAUUCAUUAAACAAAAAUAGCAACAUAAAGAGUUCAAUGCGUUCCUCAGCAUUGAAGGUCUAAUUACUUAUCUCUCCAAUUUUACUUAGAUUGCUCAUUGUAUGGAUAAAAUAGUGGUAAUUUAAAGUCACUGCUUGCUGUAAAAUGGGUGAAUUUUUGGAUCUUGUAAAUUUGUGCUUCAGUGUCCCACUUGCAUUCCGCUAUACAGUUAAAGGCGAUGUCAGCCAUUCAUUCAAAUCCUUGCACAUUUAAAGUGAAAUGUACUUGUCAAAAGAAUCCUUGUCACAGUCUGAAAUGUUCUAGGUCCACUAUAUAAGCAUACAAUUGUCAUCCUGAUCCCA